CAUAGAAGAAGAAAAUCCGGCCAAUCACCAUCCUUCAUUACCAACACAAACUUCAGACCCUCUGCUGAAAACCACAAGUUCUUUCUUUGACGUAAAGGUUCAUUAUUAAGGACAGAAAACAGAACAACAAGUAAACAUGGUUUGUUGACAUUAGUGUCAGGAGCAUGUUGUUGGUACUGUUGUGGUCGCAGUUUUGAAAAUACGAUUUUAGCAUCAAAGCUAACAACACGUUAGCAACCGCUGUUGUUUACUAAUUGUAAACCCUACCGGUUGAUGAUCUCUGUCCUGUUUGUUCAUUUGAGGAAAAAAUACAACGAUGAAAAUGAAUCUCAGCAAAGGUUGAACUCGUUUUUAUUAAAUCAAAGUCUGUAUUUUACGUCGUUUUGUGAGUUUGAGUGAGCUGGACACAAAGAUGGAGGUGGCUGUCAAAGGAAAGGUCAAACGGAGGCACCUGAACGCAGCAGAGUGUAAUGAACUUGGACAAGGUGCAGAGGGCUCUGAUUCCCUCACCCGGCCCAACACAGUCAACCAGGCUGGGGGCAGCUGCAACCCAAACCGAGGGCUCUACCCCAGGACGCCCUCCAAGCGACGGAAGUGUGCUGCUGUUUCAGGAAGUCCUUCAGGGCAACAGAAGAGUAUCAACAAUUUCUAUUCAGUGACUGGAGUCAUAAGUUCCAGCCCGCACAAAUCCCCUCAGCCCUGCUCUUCCACAUCCACGAGUGGAGUCAAUGUAGAACUCUUUCCCAACGAUCAGGAUGAUGAUGAUGAUGAUGUUAGCCUUUUAGCUGCCCCAAUGACAGCAGGACUUGGUGCAGAGGAAGAUGAGGUGGACGAUGCUAGCCUGUUAGCUGCAGAGACUAUGCAACAGUAUGACACAAGACAGGUGGAUUAUUUGGAGGGAAUGACAGCAGAGAUGUUUGGGGAUGAUGAGGACUUUGAUCAAGGUGGCACAAACAUUCACAAUGAGGAGGAGGAGGAGGAGGUGGAGGCCCUCCCUGACAAGCACUACGGGCUCCUGGGAAGUAACAAGGUCCUGCAGGAACCCCAAGGCUGCAUGGAUGACCUCCCAGAGGAAGUUCUCAGACAGGUACUUGGAUUUGUCCCUGCUCAGGACCUGUACCGCAGUGCCAACUUCGUCUGCCAUCGCUGGAGGAACAUCGUCAAAGACGCAACGUUUGUCCCAUUCAAGAAGAAAUACUUCCGCUUCAUGAUGAAGGAGAAAGAGACGGUGGAGGAUAUCGUUGCUAUCCUGAAGAACAACAACAUUACAAUCCCAGCCUUAAGAGAGCACAGCAUACGAAACCUUGUUGUUUUUAUGGCGCAGCAUAAGGUCGGAGAGCGAGUGAGGCCGGAGGACGUUCUGGAGUGUGUGAAGAAGCAUCGCCUCUUCCCUCAGGCUGAGGCCUCCAUCAGACUACGUAUUCCUGAUGUCAAGAAGAGCUUUAACCUCGGCAUUGAGGGUCCUAAUCCAUACGCAGCCAUGGCUAUCAUACUGCUCCUGAGUGAGAGUGUUGAUGAUGUGCAGGCUUUGGUGUCUCUGCUCACCGGCUGCAUGUCACACACCGCCAUCACAGAGUACCUCAGCCACAUGGCCAUGAUGCUGCUAGCAUCCAAGAGGAACAGGGUCCGAAUUAGUAACAGGCUGCAUUACAACAUCUACUACGUACUGCAUCUAAUGGAGAAUGGACCCUUUUCUGUGGACUCUGGUCAGAGCAGGCGGCCUCAGAUGCAGCUCACAGGGGAACAGCAGCAGGUCCUCAGCCAUGAUAUCCAGGCAGACCAUGUGGUCAAAAUCGUUGCUUUUGCAGGUACAGGGAAGACGACCACACUGGUGAAAUAUGCCGAGCAGCGUCCGCAUCUUCGCUUCCUGUAUGUGGCCUUCAACAAGUCGGUGGCCACUGAGGCUCAGCGCCGCUUUCCAAACAACGUGGACUCUAAGACUGUCCACUCGUUGGCCUUUGGGGACGUUGGAAGGAGUUACCACGUCCGUAAGAAGCUGACCUUUAACCUGAACCCGUUCGCCCUCAGCUCUGCUCUGCCUGAAGGCCGCGGUGGCUUCACCAAAGCCAAAGUGGUGGCCACGACUCUGAACACCUUCAUGGCUUCAGCAGAUGCGAAGAUCGAUUCUAGCCAUGUCCCCCUCUUCUUCAUGAACAAGAAGGGCGUCAGGACGGAUGUAAACCCAGCAGAAAUACCGUUUUUUGUGGAAGAUGCACGUAUGAUCUGGAGCAAAAUGAAGGAUCCAAAUGAGAAGGGAAAAGAUGCCUACUACAUGACCCACGAUGGUUACCUGAAGUUAUGGCAGCUCAGAGACCCCAAACCACAGCUGUCUAACCAAUAUGACGUCAUCUUCAUUGAUGAGGCCCAGGACUGCACUCCAGCUAUCAUGGACGUGCUCCUGUCUCAGCGCUGUGGGAAAAUCCUGGUCGGAGAUCCUCACCAGCAGAUAUACACCUUUAAAGGAGCCGUCAAUGCCCUGCAAGUUGUCGACCACACGCACAUCUACUACCUGACACAGAGCUUUAGGUUCGGCUCUGAGAUCGCCUACGUGGGUGCCACCAUCCUCAAAGUUUGCAAAGGGGUGCAGAAGAUUCUCGUGGGAGGAAAACAGAAAGGCGGCGUGUGUGACGACACUUCAGAACAGGCUGCAGCAGCUAUAAGACAGGGUGUCAGUCAUUGUCCAGGGAAGACGGCCAUCCUGUCGAGGUGCAACCUCAGUGUGUUCAACGAAGCAGUGCGGCUCACUGAUGCAAACCCGCAGUGCAAGCUCCACUUUGUAGGAGGCGUUCAAAGUAUCGGCCUGAACAGGAUCCUUGACAUCUGGCAGCUGACUGAAGGGGCCGGAGAGGCCGCCCGAAGGCCAGGACAACGGCAGAGAUUCAUCAGGGAUCCUCUCAUUCGCGCCUUUUCCAAGAAAAACACAAAUGGCUUCUGGGCCCUGAAGAUGUAUGUGGUGCAGACGGAGGACAGGGAGCUGGACUCCAAACUCAGCAUAGUUGAAAAAUACAAAGAUCGUAUUCCUGAGCUGGUUAAUCGCCUGGAACAAUGCUACGAAGAAGACUUUAACAUUGCAGACUUCAUACUGGGAACAGUUCACAAAGCCAAAGGCCUGGAGUUCGACACUGUGAUGGUCACCGAUGACUUUACCAAAAUCCCCUCUUCCAGACACAACCUGCACUUCUGUAACGACUUCUCGUUCGACGACUCUGCUGAUGAUGAGUGGAACCUGCUUUAUGUGGCGGUGACUCGUGCCAGAACCUCGCUGAUCAUCACAAACAACAUCCGCCGCAUCCUCACGGUGGCAGGGGAAUACUUCCUGAAGUCGGACAUGCCGAAAUCAUUGAUGAAAGCAGGCGAUCCUCUCCCGUGCUGCGUUACCGACUGUCCAAACUGUACCACGCCUGGAUCAGCAUUCAUCAUGAGCAAACGAGAGAUGAAAUGUACUGAUGGUGUAUCCACUGGUGGCCCGUUGUGUGAGAGAUGUGUGUGGAACCGCAUCGGACCCAUGGCCUUUCUCAUGACCGACGACGUGCUCUCCAUGGCAGAAAUCCCGCAGAGACUUGGAGUGGGCGUCCACGACUUGAUGCUCCUGGCACUUUUUUAAUUCUGUUCGUCUCAAGGACCAAGAAGAGCGCUGCCUUUGUGCAAUGUCAGGAGAGGACCUUCAGUUUGUCUGAAUCAUUCUGAGGAGGACGUUAACAGCCAGGAAUAGUGUCAGAUGUUUGGACAUCACGAGAUGAUGAAAGUGACAUGUUUGCAGUUUUACAUUUUUGCACAUAUUUCUUAAUCUUUUAUCCUUUUUUAAUAUCAAAAAUGCAUGUUGUUGUUGUUGCAGUUAAGAGACUGAAUGAAUGCAAUUAUCAUCUAACAGUAAACGCUAACCGGAGAGCGCUGUUUGACUGUGUGACAUUUCACUGUAUUAAAAAACAGAGACAGAA